AUGAACACAAGUUCAAAUCCAAUUAUGAGCACUAACCAAAAGAUAAGAGUGAGAUGGCAGAAAAUUAAGGAAGCUUAUAAAGCAGCGAGGAGGGAACGACCCCAUCUGAUCCCACGAAGAACCACCGACAUGUUUAAAUGUCGUUGGGAUAGAGUUGCUUCCGCAUGUUUGAAGUGGUCUAGAACUUAUGACGAGGCUCUUAGGAGGAAGAAGAGUGGCACGACAGACGAAGAUAUGCUUAAAGAAGUGCAUUUAAUCCAUCAAAGAAAACACGUGGUAAAAAGUAAUCAAAAAAAACAAUUGGAUCAACAACCAACUGGUGGUGUUAGUAGUGAAAGUAGUGGGAAAAGAUCAAGGACGGAAGAAGAUUCUGAAACACCAACAAGUGAACCUCAAGGAGGAUCAUCCACUCGCCCCGAGGGUGUGAAGAAGGCUAAGGCUCGCAUGACUGGAAAAAUGGUUGUAGAUCAAUCAAUUCAAGCUUUGAGUGUAUUUGGAGAGAGUCUUCGACUUAAUUCAGAAUUAAUGAAGGAGAAGACAAAAGGAGAAGACAGAACUUCAAAAACAAAAGAAGCCCGAAAACAAAAACAACUUCAACUGGAAGAAUAUCGAAUGAAUUGGGAGAUCUAUCAAAAAUUAAGCAAAAAAGAAACUCUUCAGACAUGGGAAGCUGAUUUGAUGGUUCAACUUGGACAAUACUUUCAGAAUUACGAUCGUCAGUAG